CCGAGCACAGACUCACUGUGUUAUAGGUUGGUUCUCAGUCGUUUCGGGAACGUGUGACACGACGGCCCGACAUUUCCUUUUGGGGAGUGACCUAACGCCUGAUGCUGAAAUGUGAAGUUCUGAGCGGCUGCGCCCGCCCCACAUUUGGAAGGUGGCGGCUGUGAGCACGCGCCGCGCGGCGCACGUGGGGCGGCGCUCUGGCGGCUGAUUUUCAGAAUGGCUGUGGCUCCACAAGCACCAGGGAGGGGCUCUGUUAGGAAGACAAGACCUUUAACUGUAAAGACAUCGCUGAACAACCCAUAUGCUAUCUGCUGGAGUGCUCUGGAAAGAGAGGAUAUGCACUUCAUUUUACAGACCCUCGAAGACAGAUUUAAAGCAAUUGGACUUCAGAAGAUUGAGGAUAAGAAGAAAAAGAAAAAGCAGUCUUUUUUAAAAAAACAAAGCAGAGACAUGGUUAGCAGAGAUGAUACUAAUGAGGAUCUGAAAGAAAAAAAGCCAGAAGAUAACCAGAAGGCAUCUGGGUGGAAUCCUGUCCAUGUCAGGAAGCAGCUGGCCAUCGGUGUUAAUGAGGUCACCAGGGCUCUGGAAAGGAACGAGCUGCUCUUAGUGCUGGUGUGUAAGUCAGUUAAGCCUGCACUCAUCACUGCACACCUGAUCCAGUUAAGUGUAAGCAGAACUGUCCCUGCUGGGCAGGUUCCUCGGCUCAGUGAGAGAAUCGCACCUGUCAUUGGCUUGAAAUGUGUCCUGGCCUUGGGCUUCAAAAAGAACAACACUGACUUUGUUGAUGAGGUAAAAGCUAUUAUUCCCAGAAUACCCCACUUGAUUGUACCAUGGCUUCAAGACAGACUUGAAGACUCCAGCAAAGAUUUACAGACUGAACCUCUGGAAAGCCAAGACAAAGAAAUUAUGGAAACUUCCUUUGAAGAACUCUCGAAACCUAAGAGAAAAUUUCUUGAAGGUCAGCUGGCUGUAGUGUUACAGCCCCUUAAAAUAAAGAAAUUGAUUCCAAACCCCAAUAAGAUAAGGAAACCACCCAAAAGUAAAAAGUCUACUUCAAAGUAAUCUUUUAUAAACAUAUCCUUUCAAACAGUUGUAAAGUGACAACUCAUAAAGAUGACUAGCUAAUUAAAUGAGUUAACGUUUACUUA